GUUUUCGAGAUUUAGGUUCUGAAAUAGGAAGAUAGGCUAUAAUUUCUUCAAAAUUUCUUUUAUCACCAAUUUUACGCCCUUAUACGCAUUGUUUAACGAGUAACUGUGUUGUUUGAUGUACUUGAUUACCAUGUAAAUCUAAUUUUUGUACAGUGGAGUUCUGUAGUUUUUUUUAUUCCGAAAUCAAUCGCUUACUACGUGUGUAAUAUGGCUGCAGACCAUCAAUUUUUCUACGAAGAUGAAGUGUUCAGAGUCAAUAAAAAUGGAAAAAUUAUGUUUGGAAUGGUCGUGGAAAACUUCAAACUGUACAGCAGUGAUGAUUCUUCCUCCUCCAGCGACGACGAAGAGCCGAAAGUUGAAGAAGGUCAUAUCAGAGUUGCGUGGCACCCUCAUGGAAAGAAAGAAGUUAUCUCUGAGAAAAAAGUAGGGCUUGCCAACAGGUCUUUAAUGCCAGGAGAUGUUGUUCGCCGAUUGAGUAGAGGAGAGCACUCAAUGAAAGGCUACUGCCGCAAUAUUCAUGUCAGUGCCUGCGUUCAGAUUAAAGGAACAAACAAAAUUAUUGAAAAUGUUGACAGUAAAUCUCUCAUUCCAUUUGAAAAAUUAUCGAGUGGAACGUCAAUUGUCAUGGAUUCAUGGGUCGGUGGCGUUCAGCUAGUCCACAUUCGCCUCACAUUAUUUCUUCGGGAUGGCUCCAAAUGUUAUUUAAGCGACCCCGAAUCGUACUGUUUUCUCUCCUGUAAUGAACAGAAUGAUAAGUUCGCUGAGAAUUACUAUCCUGGACAGUGUUUGCGAGGACCUAUCAAGUACUUGGAUACAGCGGAGUGGAUUCAUUGUACAAAAAGAACUAAAGCACUUCUAGCAAAUAAAUCAGCCAAAAAAAUUAAGGUUUAUGUUGAAGCUGUUGAUACUGUCUCAGCACUCGUUGACUGGAAGUGUCAAAUAUGUUGCAAAGACGGUGACACCAGUGGUAAACCCCUUCACACCAUGAUUAUGGGUGAAGAUUUCAAGAAGCUGCGACUCUUAAAUUAUUUUAAAGCUUGCACUUUGCAAGUAGGAGAUCGCAAUAUGUACCGCCUGAAAGACUCCGAUCAGCUACUUACAGUCUCUGAGUGGAAGAAAGGUUUGAAAGAAAAACUGUCUGUGAUCGGUAGAAACUUGCCAAAUUCUUCCGAUGAGUUGAAUAGACUGGCCAGAAAACGAUCGUAUUGCAAUAGUCAAGCUGAUGAGCAGCCAACUCCAGCAGAAAAGACGGGUAGUGGUGAAAUGGAUAUUAGUGGAGUAGCUAGCUCUAAUGAAAACUCAGAUGAUAACAGUCUACUUGAUUCAAAUGUGAAAAGAUCUGAUAAGAGCAGCUGGAUGCAAAAUUUACUAGGAAUUGCCAAACCCACCAUCGAUGAAGUAUAUUCUCUAAUUCAUCUAUCGCAGAAGAAAGUCUGUGGUCAUUUCAACAAGACUAAUUCUGUUGAUGAACUCGGCUCGAAAAAUCCACCUCAAACAAUGGAUGACGAGUCCAUUGUCAGUGGGAACUUAUCUGCCAGUGAAAAUAAGGCUAGACUUGAAUCUACAGCUUCAAAUGAAAAUAACUCCAAUUUUUUAGAUAGUUUAAAGGUUAGAGACUUGCCAAAAAUAACAGAAAAUGCAGCGGUGAAGUGUAGUGAAGUUUUUAAGUCCACCAUGAAUACAACUUUAAAUGCCCUGAACAAUUCAGACUGGCAAGAGUUUAAUGUCAAGGGGAAGAAUCCGGAAGAAACAGGUCCUAAUAUCAACAGCUUUGAAGAGUUUCCGCCUUUAGAAGCCAGUAAAAAAACAGAUGAUGAUGUGAACGAUACCUGUAAAGAACCCUACGAAUUGUCGGAAUCAUAUGAUAGCGAAUGUGAUGAAGAGUACUCAGAUGAAGAAGAAGAGGAUGCAGAAAGUGUGUGUGGAGAUGGACCAUCCAGUUUGUCUAGCACAUGUAGUUCAACAACAUCGAAUAAAAGCAACAAUCAAAGGCAGGGUAAAUCAGUCGUUAAACUAAUGGCCAAAGUUCUCAAAAAGAAAAAACUCAAGGGAGCCCGCAAGAAGAAGCCAAAUUUAAAUGUACAACCUGGUGAUAUGCUAGUUGUUGAAACGGUUCGAACAUUCUCCGCCGCCGAUGUUGUUUGGCAAGAUGGAUCCAUAGAACUUGGCAUCCCCUCCACAGAACUUUAUCCAAUCCAUCAUUUAGACGAUCAAGAGUUCUUCCCUGGUGAUUUUGUCAUUGAAAAUCGCACGGAGGACACGGAACUCUUAGAGCGUGUCGGGCCUGAAAAAUACAAUAGACUGUAUGGUGUAAUUCAAUCAGUGGAUCAUAUAGGGCGGACUGCAAAAUUAAAAUGGUUUCUGACUUACGUGAGCCCCAGCGAUCCAGUUCCAUCUCUUGUGCAAGAAAACGAAAUGUCAGUCUAUGAUCUUAAGGACCAUCCAGACUUUCAGUUCCGUCCUGGAGACGUUGUUGUCAGAUUAGGUAAUGUCGAUAAUGAGCAUCAAAAUGCAACGGCUGGGCAGAUACUUGACAUCUAUCCAGAAGGACAGGUUUAUGUUUGGUGGGCAGAAGGAUUCAAAACUAUGUCCUGGCCUCAGGACCUCUAUAAACUGAAUGAUACCGAUAGCGAUGAUAGUGAGAUUUGGGAUCACUCUGGCAGUGAAGGCGUUUGGGAAACAGACAGUGAAGAAGUUGUUUACACCCCUUCAUCACCUGUGGUGGAUAACAACUUCCUUGUGAAGAUCAAAUUAGCAAACAAUAUUGAAAUGGCCCGUGGAACGCUGAAACGCCUAGAAAAAAUGAUCCGGGACUCUCCCGAGCUGCUCACUAGUGAAAACAUUAAAAAGUUCUAUGGCGUGUACAGAGAUUGCAGGAGUUUAGAUAAAUAUCUAGGAACAUCUUUCUUCCGUGACAAACGCUUCUACACUUUAAUAUUUGAAGUUAAAGAACUGGAACGAACUGGUGAACCGAAGAAAUCCGAUGCCAAAGUUGCCAAUGAUCAAAAUAGUGGUAGUGAGAUUAAACAGUCUUCAUUACACUCUGUAAAACGGCUGAACUUAUUAAAAUCAUCGAGCUUAAAUUCCUGCAAUGAAGAGACUGAAACUGUUGUAAGCCCGGAAUUAGACAAAAGUGAUGAAUGGAGCUCCCCUGCUGCCAAGAAAAGUUCACGGUCGCUGUCCACUGUCACCGGGGAAUUUUUAUCUGCCAACCUAGCUAGUCUAGAAAUGGAAUUCUUUAAUAAUUCUGUCGUAAAUGCUGCCAAAUCAGAUUCAGCACUUAGUAGUUCAAUUGAAGACACGCAAAUGGAUUCUUGCCAGAACAGCUCAGCCGAACAACCAGUUGAUCAGCCCAAAAAAGUGAUAGCCGCAACUGGUGGCUGGAAGACCACCUGUCAUCCGUGCGUAGAGUUGUGUCAGUUAAUCCUUGAGCAGCUUCUUAAAGCAGAAGCAGAGGUCUAUAAGCUGCUCAACCAUCCCUCUUGUAAAUCUUUGCAAGAGGAGUUGACAGGAGUCAAGAAUGCUGAUGAAAUGAUUGAUGAUAUUCAUAAAUAUACCCAGAUAAACUCCUUUGCCUCUGAGAAGCUGACACCUAUCGAGGGUCCAAUUCCUGACUCGCCUGAAUCGCCUGAUCCAGAAACAGCAGAUGUUCGUUUUGCCGAUGGAUCAAUCAUUUACAGAAGUAAAUCUUUACUAGACCUUCUUGCGGAAACACAAAAGAGUCAAACCAUUGUUGUGUAUGAAAAUGAUACAUCAGCUGAUUCUGGGGUAGAUGCUGAGUUUGAACUACCGGCUUCCGUGUCAAAAGUCUUACUUCAAAAGGAAGGAGAAGGUUUUUCUAUGCUGAGUGCUGUGCCAGAAUGCCACAAGUAUGAGUCCUCAAAAUAUGUACUGCCACAUGUAACCAAUCCAAGAAACUUUAUGAAAACUGUGAAUAAUGAAAUCAAGCUACUUCUCACGUCUUUACCAUGUGGAAUAACUGUCAAAGGAUUUGAAGGUCGAAUGGAUUUAUAUUCAGCCAUGAUAGAGGGUCCUGAAAACACUCCCUAUGAAGAUGGACUCUUCUUCUUUGACAUCCAGCUACCUUCCGAUUACCCAGAUCAACCACCUCUGUGCCACUAUACCAGUUAUUGCUCUGACCGACUGAAUCCGAACCUAUACGAAGAUGGUAAAGUUUGCGUCAGUCUGCUUGGAACUUGGAGCGGACGAGGCACUGAAAUGUGGACCUCCUCUUCAAAUCUACUUCAAGUACUUGUCUCAAUUCAAGGUCUGAUUCUGGUGAGUGAACCGUACUUCAACGAAGCAGGUUAUGAAAAUCAAAAAGGAACACAGCAAGGCCAUUCAAACUCUCAGCUUUACAACGAAAUGGUUGUUUUGAAACUUGUGCAAGCCAUGACGAAACUGCUCAUCCAUCCGCCUUCAACGUUUCAGCAAGAAAUAAUGAAGCAUUUCACUGCCAGGGCGGAAAAAUUGAUCACGCGCCUCGAGAACUGGCUCUUCAUUUCAGAAAACCACUCAGCAUACAUCAGCGGUCUGAUCGAUCUACAGGAGAAACAAAAUCGGCUCAAGAAGUUAGGAGCAAUCAAACUACCAGAAUACCCCCUUUUGCCAGCUUCUAAAGGCUUUUGCCUGUCUCUUAGAAAAGCAUUAAAUAGUUUCAAGGACACAUUAAAGUCAGUGGGUAUUGUUUUUAGUCAAGAACCGGUGUUCACAAGUAACAGUCAACUAGGCAGUGACAAAAGUGGUAGUAGUAGUGUAGGCGAGCCUCAGUCAAAUAGAAUCUUAGAGUCAAAAAUCGGUGAAAAUCUAGAAAAGAGUCGAAAUUCUGAAGACUCAGUCCAGAAAAUUGAGUCUGAUGAGAACUUAGUGAAUAGGGUAAGUAAUAUACAAGUGCGGAAAGUAGAUCGUAGUAAAAGCUGUGUAGAAAAAGUCAAAUCUCUCUCAAAAAUUGAUGAAAAUUUCAAAUCUGGCCAAAACAAUAUCUGCAGUUUGAAAUCGUCCUCUUCAAAAAGUUAGGCCUAUUCAUUUUUCCCAGUAUUUUCAUGUGUAAUUUUUUUUUUGUUCCAUUUUAUUUACAUAUUUUAAAAGCCCUUUGAAUAGGAUUGAGAUUAGCAUACGCUCUAUUUUCUUUCUGUAUAUCACUAUUAAUUCGAUUUUUACUUUGUGUACAGUGUAUAAAUGAGCGUAUCAAAGGAUGAAUGUGUUGAUGUGUACCAUAGAUUUUUUAUGUGCCUGGCAAAAAAAUUUUGUUGAUUAUUUAUAUCAUAAUGAAAUGUUCUUCUCUUCCCUUUUAUGUGCUUAAAAUUCACCUUUCCUGGGAUCGAAAGACUGAAUUGAAUGUAACUCUAAAAAUAUCUCUAUGUUCUGAAAAGUCACUCAGGCUGCAAGUUGCACACUUAUAAAUGUUUUGGUUUUAACACUUAAUCAUUGUAACUUUUUGGCUCUCUUCUUGAACCUAAGGGUUUUCUCCUUCUUAGGCCUUCACAGUAAUUUUUUUAUACUUGAACUGAACGUAAAGAUUGGGUAUUUCAAAUUUUUUGGGGUUUCCUCCCUGUUUCUCCUUUAAAUCUUGUUUUCUGUCACCAUAAAAUCCUGUUUUUUCAGCCCUUUGUGCAUCAAAAAUGUGUGACGAUUUUGUCAUAUUGACUCUUUAUCUAUCAUACAAGAAGGCUUUCUUAGUUAAAGAAGUACAUCAAUUUGAUCAAAUUUGAGAAGUCAAUGUGACAUUAUGUGACUGAAGUAAAUAAACCCAACAAAGACAUAUUUCCAUAUUUUAAAUACUAUAAUAAUACUGAGGAAAAUUUAUGUUUCACUUAAUUGUACCAUUGCAAGAGAUGUGCUGGAAGCAAGCAGAGAAAAUUAAAUUUGUAAGGUCAUAAGUAUUUCAAUUGAAAUUAGCAAACUCAAGUUGGUUUAUUGCCGGUGAAGAAGUUAAAGGCUCGUACUCAAAGUCAUAUCUUAAUCAGCUCCUUUCCUUAGGUGGCCUAAUAAGGUUCACAUCGUCACUGAAAGAGGUUUAGGUAGAUCCUUAACUAAGCAUUAUAAAAAGGAAUUUCGAGUAAAAUUUAACGGUAAAACUUUCGAAAAAGAUCCUUGCAAAGGAAUAUAACGAUUUGCCACUGCAAAAAAUAGAAAGCAAAAACUUUUGCCAAUUUGAAAAAUCGUAGGGCCUCCUAGAAGAAGGAACUGCUUUCAGAAUGACCCUGAAUAUGGUCCACAGUCAAAUAAGUACAUAAACUAGCUCUGUGAGUUUAAAGAUCUCAUUGAAUAUUAGUUUUUCCCUGUAAUAGCAGCAUUCAUGAACUCAUCCACGUCACACCGGUGGAAUGCCUUCAGUAAUCAGAAUUUAGCGUAUACUUGUUAUGAGUUGCCUCACUAGAAACUGCGUCCAUUAAUUUGUGUCAAAGUAUCAGCUUUUGUUUGCUCUUGCUGCCGUUUUUUUUUUUUUAAAUGCUGUUCAAGUAUGCCUCUAUGCUAGUUUUCUCUUAAUUUAAUUUGAUUUUCCUACGUUUUUUAAUUUACUGUUUAACUAUUGUUGUUGCUUCUUUUUUCUCUCUGUUUAAAAGCAUCAGAUUGCUUCAACAGUUGUCUCAAUUCAUCUUAUGUAAUUUGUUCGUGUUUUCAAAGUUUAAACUCUUGUGAUAGUCCAUAGAAAAUAAGUAUGAACUUUUUGUUUGAGCUGUUCUCUAUUUUUUUUUUUUUUUUUCAAUCGUGAAACUGUCAACAACUUCUUUUUUUUUUAGUUUUUUGAUUUCCGUACAUUUUUUCUCUCUCUUAAGAUUCUCACUAUGUAACUGAUAUUAGUCCUAACAACACAGGGUUCUAAAAAUUUUGUUUUAUGGAAAUUUCGCAAGGAAUAAAAACAGAGGAGGUAAUAAAAAUUAGUAUAUUUUACUCAAAUUUCAUCAGUAUUGAAUGAAGGGAGGGGGGGAGAGAGGAGGGCAAAGAAUAAAAAAUCAAAACAAUGCUAAUCUGUAGAUUUUAAACUUUGAAAUAGGGGAUAGGAGGUCAAUAUGGACAAAAAAAAAUUCCGAUCUUAACUCUUGGUUGAAGUUUUAAUUGAACCCUCCCGCCCAGUAAAGGUUUGGUUUUAUUACUAUCCCUAAAGAACUGUUCGAGACAUUCUUCCUGUGUAAGCUGGAGAUCUCAAUUCUUUUUUUGCUUUUCAUUUCAUGUAAACAUCUCAGAUAUUUUGCUUAACAUAUCUUAUCUCUGUUUUUUCUUGAUUCACCAGUAAGUCGUGAAUAACAUUUGCCAGCAAAAGUUCGAAGCAACUAUAUGAUACAAUUUUUUUAAGCUGGAUCAGGUUCCUUUUGGCCUAGUGCUAUGUAAGAAAGUUGAAAAAAAAAAUUAAAAAAAAAAAAAAAAAAAAAAAAAAAAAUCUCCUACCUCAUAUGAAAACAGUUCAUCUCCUUUCACAUCCUGUUGUUGAACUUUUUUUUGUUCAUUAUGUAUUGUUAAGUCGUUUUUCAAGUAUUAAGUACACUCUUUCAAAAUUCGAGACGGUAUGCAUUUCUUUUGCCGCUCCUCUUACUCUAGAAAUAAGUUGAAUACUCAUGUUACUAAUCAUUGAUGGCAUAUUCCAAUUCUUGUCACUUUUUCUAAUUGCUUGCACACUCUUUUCCAGCAGUUUUUUUUAUUUUGCUUGAAUAUUUGGACUAAAUUUUGCACCAAAGAACUACUAUUGCUGGCUCGCUUUGAAAACAAUGUAGGUGCCAUAGUUUUUCCAGGCAUGUACGUGCUUUUAUAGAUAAGACAGGAAUAGUAGUUCUGCAUCAGAGAAUGAAGUCCAUUUGAAAUCAAGUGCAGAACGAAUAAAGAAUGAUGUCAGCUGGGCACAAGACAAAAGAAAAGCAAGAUAGGAAGGCUAGUGAUCUAGUAGGAAACACGGUUUUUUCAAUUCGUCAGAAGCUCAACAUUAUCUGUUACCGCGCAAUUCUUUCAGAUCCCUCUGUAGCUUCAUCAUGAUUUCAUCUGUCAGAGACUUAAAUCUUACGUACUCGAAAGUUUGCAGAGAUGAAAGAUAUGAAGUAUACAGGAUCCCAUGUGCUCUUAUGACACUUGGCUUCUAACGCAAUGCACAUACUAUACAAAAAUGAUGGCUGAAGUAAAAAAAUGCGUUUCUCAGAUUGUGACGUUGUCUCUGCUCAUAUUUUACAUUAUAUUCCUUUUAAAAGGAAAACUCUUCAGCUGUAUCAAUCAAAAUUUUCUGUGAAUUUACUCUACUUAUUAUAAAAAAAGU